AUGAGCUCCACUAGUUCAUAUGGUUCAGAUACAUCAGAACCAGCCACUGCUAUUGUAAUAGAUAACGGUUCUUACUCCGUAAAAUGUGGGUUUGGUGGAGAAGAUGCACCUGAAACUUGCUUUGUAACAUACCAUGAUGUAACCAAGACGUGUGAGGACGACAACACUCUCCUUCAUGAGAACUACCACUUUGUAGACGAGCGGGAUUUACCAUAUUCUAUAUUGAACCCGGGUGAUUUCAACAAGUACCCUGUCAUCAGUGAGGGUGUUGUUAAAGAUUGGGACUGUUUGGAGGCGCUCUGGGAGAAGUUCUUGCUGGAAAAUAAAGUGGACUGUUCCGAACAGCCGGUAGUAAUGUUGUCAGCGAUUAGUAACAACAGUGCUGCUAGCACUAGGAAGUUUUGUGAGAUUUCGUUUGAGAAGUUUGGGUUUAAGAAGCUUUGUAUUGCAGCACCGGAGACUAUGGCUCUGGUUGCUAGUGGGAAGGAUAUGGCUGUGGUAACAAAUAUCGGGUACGAUAACUGUGUUUCUGUGCCGACUAUCUGCCCACUGAAUGGUUUUAAGAAAAAAGUUACACGCGAAGCUAAAACCGAAGAUGUCAAGAUAUUCCCAGUAAAAGUGGGUGGCAAGCAUGUCAGUGCUAGAUUCAGGACGGUAGCAGCGCCUGAACGUAAAUAUUCCCCAUGGAUUGGGGCAUCCAUUUUCAGUUCUCUGUCCGGGUUUGGGGAUUAUGGUUUAUCUAAUUUGGACUUCGAAGAACAUGGGCCUGAUGGAAUGGAGAUACUGUAA